CGCCCCUUCCCUUGGCCCAGCCCGGCCUGCUGCGCAGCCAUGGCCGCCUUGCUGCAGCUGGAGAGCCGGGAGGCCGGGCUCUGCCUCGGCAAGUUCGUCUUCGGCUGCGAGUUGACGGGCAAUACCAGGUCGUAUACCUUUAAGGUGGAUGAAGAUGACAACUCUGAGCAUAUCCUGGCCCUGUCUAUGGUCUGCCUGACAGACGGCGCGAAGGACGAAUGCAACGUGGUGGAAGUCGUGGGGCGUAACCGUCAGAACCAGGAGAUUGCUGUGCCAGUGGCCAAUCUGAAGCUGUCGUGCCAACCUGCGCCUGGACAACUUCCAGCUCCAACCACCUGUGACCUUCCACCUGAAAUCCGGCUCCGGCCCCGUGCACCUCUCUGGACGGCACCAGAUCAUGCACAGGAGGGCACCCUCGGAGGAAGAGGAGAGCGUGGAAGAGGAGGAGGAAGAGCUCACCCCCAUCAUGCCAGCCAAGAAGCAGCGAAGGAGGCAGUAGCUGGGAGGUGCUGCCCUGGCUCUGGCUGGAGCCCUGCCCCCGGACGGCUGUUCUUCUGGGACUUCUCUGGUUUACGUGUCAGUUUGCUGCUUGUUUGUUCCUGUCAGGCUUGGGGGGCUCCCUCCCAUUGAGGGGAUGCACUGGGGUGAGCUGCACCCGCACAGGGCCAUGGAGGCUGAUACUGGGCACAGUGUAUGCUGAGGGGCUCUGCUCUUUGUAGUGACAUCCCCAGCACCUGGAGGCGAGCCAGCAAAGCAAUCAGUGUCAUGCUCAGCGAACCCCGCGCCCCACCUGGGUUGCUCAGGAGGGGGGUUUCUGGGGCUUGGUCCCUGUUUCCUUACUCUGCGAACCAGCCCUUUGCUCGGCCCUGCUCUGUUGCACCCCCUGAGAUGCCAACAGACCUCCCACUGGAGCCGGGGGAGUGCAGCUAGAGUGGUCGGUUUCACCUUGCGAUUCUGGGGCUGCCUAGUGCUGAGUGAGGCCGUGGCAUCUCUCUCUCCCCAUGUCAGUUUCUGUUCAUGGGGGGAGAGGGGUGUUAAGCCCCUUUUUUAAUAUUUGCUGCCUUUACACAUGGAAGUUUUAGGGGGAGCCUUGUCCCCACCCCCCCAGAACCCCAGGCUCCUUUCACCAGUGCAAUGUCUCGUCGUGUCGGGUGUGUAUAUGGCACCUUUGACCUUGGCAUCCAACAUCCAUCUGUGGUGCACUGUGCAUUACAGGGCCAACUGGUGCUGGGGCCUCAUCUGGGUGUCACAGGAUCGUGCCAGGUCUGGGCUGCCUUUGGGUUCUCCCCCCCUUGCUGGACCAUCAGGGGUUCCCCAGCCAAGCCCCACCUCUGUAAAGGGCUAUUUACACCUUGCAAUAAACGUUUCUGAUUGGGUGUCA